UUUGCGCCUGGAGGAAUAUUCAAUAUAGCAACAGUGAUUGGAAGCAAGGGUGCUGCGGAGCUCAUCGCAAAAGGAACACGUUCUUGGAGAAUGGAUGUAGAAGGAACAUAUCCAGAAUUUUUGCGACACAGAGGGGUUUAUUGCAAGGAUGGAAAAAUGCUGCCAACAUUUUACCUGCGUGACGAUAGUCUAGAUCUGUAUGAAGCCAUUUACAGCUACGUCAGCAAAUACGUCACUCUAUAUUACGACACUAGUGAUAAAAUUAUUGAGGACGAUGAAAUUCAAAAGUUUGGACGAGAAUUAUCAAUCCCAAAGUCUGAAGGGGGUUGCGGAAUUUCGGGUGUUCCUCUCAAAGACGGGAAGUUCAGUUCAGCCGACCAGGUUGUGCUCGCCUUCACUUCCGUUAUUUUUACCAGUAGUGUUGCUCAUGCCGCUACCAAUUUCCCUCAGUACGAUACGUACGGAUUCCCCCCAAACUAUUCAACCAAACUCAAGGGAACGCCUCCAAAGGAUAAGAGGCCAUUGAAGGAAGAAGAAGUUGUGAAGGCCAUAGUUGACAAGUCCACGGCAUUGGAGGUCUUAGUUCUUGGAUCAGUUGUGAGUGAUCGGACUACCAACGCUCUGGGAGACUUUGAAGUGGACUAUAUAUAUGACCCACCAGCAGUAGAGAUCGUAAAGGAAUUCAGACAGGAUUUGAAAAACAUCAGUUCAAAGAUUCGUGAUAGGAACAAGAAGUUGGUUAGAAAGUAUGAUUCUCUUCUGCCAGAGGAAAUCCCAAAUUCUGCCAACAUUUGAUUCUCCUUGAUGUUUUAAAGAUAUACACGCUAUAUAAACGCGAUUUUUA